CCGCCGUAGAACGCCGUGCUGUGCGGUGUCAGCUCGGGUGCGCGCCUGUUCUUCCGGUGCUUCGGCUGCUGUGACGUGUCGUGGUGACGCGAUCUCCCCCUACCCAGUGCACGGUCAGCCGGCAGAGACGGGAACUCAGGCGCCCUCCCAGGACUCAGAACCUCUCACCCUCGUCGCUCGGGGUCGCCCGCCACUCUCAAUGGUGACUUGUCGACGAUGAGCUUCCUGGAUCGCGGACACAAGUAAGCUGCCACUAGCGUUUCAGUUAGUGAGGUGUUGGUCAUCCCUUCUCCUGGACUGACAACGCAAAGGGUCUCCAGGUGUACAGUGUUGCUGUUUACUUCCGAGUAGGUAAGUUGGCGGCUCUCUGUUGCCUAACGGUCUCACGUGCCGGCCCGAGGUCGCAGCAGUCUUUCUUCAGCCUGCCGCAAGAGGCGCUUUUCGAGCAAGUGGAUGGGGCGGUGACACGCACUUGCUGACAGACUUAUGUUGCUGAGGACGUGAAGGUUCGUGGCCAUUCCAUGAGGUCGCCCACCCGCAUCGCCCGGCCGCCGUCCCCCUGGACCGCUGGCUGCUGCUGCUGACUGCCCGCUCCUCUGAUGUCAUGCUGACAGACAGACUUUCAGACGGACUUGGGGCUGACAGCAACAAAAAGUCGCGGAAAAUAUAAAUAAGGUGGGCCUAGGUGAGUGGCUGCUGCCGUAAGAGUACUUUCAGACAAAUGUGCGCCAGAUCUUACGAGAGGAUGUGUGCGCGGCGUGGCGGUCGCGGGGGCGGAAGCGGUGGCGGCGUCGGAGGCGGAGGCUGCGUGUCUGCGCUGGCGGCGGCCGCGGCGGCGCUGCUGGCGCUGCUCGCGUGCCUGGGGGCGGCGGGGGCGGCGCGCUCGCCCGACUUCUGCCCCGUGGGCUGCAGCUGCGACGACAAGACGCUCGUCGUCACCUGCAUCGAGACCAACCUGGACGUCAUCCCCAUCACGCUCAACCCCGCCAUCCAGCGGCUCGUGCUCAAGCAUAACCGCAUCAAGACGGUGCACGCCGCCUUCCAGUUCUACGGGGAGCUGCACUACGUGGACCUGUCCCACAACCACCUGCUGAGCAUCCCGGCGGGCAGCUUCGAGGCGCAGCGCAAGCUGGCCGAGCUGCGGCUGGACCACAACAAGCUGUCGAACGUGACGGCGCGCACGUGGCAGGGGCUGGCCGCGCUGACGGCGCUGUCGCUGCGCCGCAACUACCUGGAGGAGCUGGCGGCGGCGCAGUUCGCGUCGCUGCCGCUGCUCGAGGAGCUGGACCUGGGCGAGAACCGGCUGCAGCGCGUGGACGCGCGCGCCUUCGCCGGGCUGGGCGCGCUGCGCGUGCUCUACCUGGACGACAACCAGCUGCGCGCGCUGCCCACGCCCGCGCUCCAGCCUCUCGCCAGCCUCGCCGAGCUGCGCGUCGGCGCCAACGUCUUCCCCCAGCUGCACGACGACGCCUUCAAGGGCCUGUCGCGGCUGACCGUGUUGGACGUGAGCGGCGCGGGCGUGCAGAACGUGAGCGCGCGCGCCUUCCGCGGCCUGUCGGGGCUGCGCCGCCUCUCGCUGGCCGGCAACCAGCUGCGCACCGUGCCCUCCCAGCAGCUCGCAGCGCUCGACCGCCUCGAAGAGCUCAGCAUCGGCCAGAACGACUUCGUCUCCAUCGACAAGAACGCCUUCCAGGGCCUGACGCAGCUGCGGCGACUGGAGGUGGUGGCGGCGCCGCGGCUAGAGCGUGUGUGCGCGGGCGCACUGUCGGCCAACCUCAACCUGGAGUCGGUGACGCUGAGCAGCAACAAGAAGCUGCAGGCGCUGGAGGCGGGCGCGCUCGCCGGGCUGCCUAAGCUGCAGGAGCUGGUGCUGCGCGACAACGCGCUCGUCGCGCUGCCCGAGGCGCUCAUGGCAGCGUGGCCGCAGCUGCGCCGCCUCGACCUGUCCGACAACCCGCUGCACUGCCACUGCUCGCUGCUCUGGCUACGCGACGUGCUCGCCACCAGCAACGCCUCACAGGUGACGUGCGCCUCGCCCGCGCACCUGCGGGAUCGCCACCUGCGCCAGCUGACGGCGGACGACCUCGGCUGCGCGCUGCCGGCCAGUCGGAGGCAGGCGCUGCUGGGGGCGGUGGGCGGCGGCUGCCUGGCGCUCGUCGCCGUGCUCGUCGGGCUCGCGUGCCACUACCGGCGCCGCCUCUGCGCCGCGCUCAAGGAGCACCGCUUCAAGAAGAAGCGCCAGGCCAAGGAGCACGAGUACCAGAAGACCUUCUCGUCGGACGACGAGUACAUGGUGAGGGGGCUGCACCAACCUCCGACGGUGGCGGGCGGUGCGCACCAGCUGAAGCCGAUCCCGGUGACGGAGCUGUAGCUAGAGCUGUUCGGGCCGGGGGCAGGCCAGCCGGGGGCGCCACCCCCGGGCCCCCGGGCGGGCGUCUUCUUCGUGCCCGCCCCCGCGCCCGCCGCCGCAGUGGCCGCCGCGCACCGCGCCGCCGCCGCCGCUGCCGCCGCCGCCUCCGCCGCCCCCGGCAGGGAGCUGCCGCCGCCCCCGCCGAGGCGGCACUUCCACAGGGACGUGUGCCACCCGCUGGGCGGGCACUACGACGUCGUGCACGAGCUGAGCCGCGUCUCCUCGUUCCGCAAGUAAUCCCCUCGAAGUUGACAGGCUCGCUUCCCACCCGACUGACGUCGCUGCUCCGACUGACACUACGGUCGUCCAGGCGACGUAACGUCGACCUCACCUCUAUUCUCACAUCGCCGCGAUCUCCUAUUUGCAGCAACCGCUGGCGUGCUUGUUGUAUAACGCUGGGAUCGAAUCGUUCAGUGAUCUACGAUGCGGGUAAAAAUAACGUUGAGUAAGAGGUGUGGACGAAUUAAGCUGUACGGUGAGCUGUGACAGUGCCAUCCUUACGUGGAGGUAUUCACUACUACAAGCACUUCGUCCGUAGGAAAUUCGGUAACAGUAAAUUUCGAAGACUGCGCCAGCUAUUGAGCAUACAGAUAUGAAUGAUGAUUACGUCCAUAAUGCACAAGGAUAUCCUUCACGUCUAACCUGUUUCACUGUGAUCAGAAGUGUUAAAUAACAAGCAACUUAAUACUUGAUGGCUCUUAUUAAGUGAUCUGACGUAUAAGUAAGAGGUUACGAAUUUGAUCUGUAUUUUUGUACGAGUCGUUUCACGUGGUUUUCAUUUCUAGAGAAUGCCUAAGUUGCUACCGCUUGUUAUGGACAUUAGUUGUUACUAAGGUAUGCACUGAGAACGAGCGGUGCUAAUUAUCCUUCCACAUUAUACACUUUGCUGAGCAAGAACACUUAUUACAUAAACUGUUCUUCGUUUAAGCAAGUACACUAAAGAUUCAAUCCUUAGGAUGAGUGCUGUAACGUUGAUAGCAAACGAUAAUGUCUUAGUGGCGCUCUGAGAAUGGAUUCAAAUAAAAUAAUGUUUGCUGAAAGUUACAUGCAAAUACAUAAUACAGUGUAAAGUAUUCUAAGAGAAUAAAUACGAUGUGAUAUUUAAUAUUCUAACUUAGGUAACAUGUGUGAAUUGUGUGUCCCAAAUAUUGCUGAAAUAGGAAGAAAUAAAAGCGAGAUAGCGACCUAUAAACUUUGCAAAUGACGAAUAUCACGAUUAGCUAUUGUACAGGGCCAAAUUAGUUACGAACGACGAACUAAAUCCGUAAAAUACGAUGUCUUAUAACGUAACUGAGCGAUAUGUUACUUUCUGGCAACGUACACGAUUUAGAUGCGUCAUGGUGGCAUGUAAACUGUGUGUAAAGGCUUUACAGCAGCAGGUGUGAGAGUGUUGUAACUUCAUUAAAUUUAAAGAAUAACAUGUAAAUAAACAAUGCAGCGUUCCUUGUGAACAACGAGAGGUAUUUUUCUUUCCAACGCAAAAUGUGUUGUUUACUGAACGUUAACUGGAGUGUUUCCCAAUAAGUAAAUGGACCCUGUCAGAACAGGAAAAUUGUGCAUAAAGUACACAAAACGACUAAUUAUAUCAGAGGCAAGUAAACUUUUGCUAUGGAACUUUAUACUGAAAUGGUUAUAUGUAAAUAGGUAGGAUGUUUUAUCGAAAUUAAAAGUUAUGUUGAUGUAUUCUUCCAAAAACCUGAAUUUGAAAUAUUUUGUAUUACAGAGUUUGAAGAGGAUUUUGUGAUGAAUGGAAAGUCACUACAAUGCACUUUUGUGUGAGUAUGUGAAUUUGAAAAUGAAUGUUGUUGUGUAUGUGUAAUACGCAAGUAUGAAAAGUUUUAGACUAGUCCAUAAAAUGUAUAUCUUCCACAUAGAAAUUUAAAUAGCUGUUAUCAUGCACCUCUAAAGGCAUGUAACAGGAGCGGCCCAUUAGCAGGCUACAAUGUCUAAAGGAUCUGCUGUAAUUUUAUACCUUCAUUAAAGAGAUACAAAAGAAUAAUAUAUAUCAAAUGAUAUUACACCUGAAAAUCAGGUGCAGUGAUACGAUACUUAUCAUUUUUUCUACAUUUUUGUGCAAAAAUAAUAUAUACGUGUAAUUUCAAUGAUAUUUUCUUCAUUCUGACUAUUCACAUCUUCUUCAUACAUGUAUAACUCUCUGAUAUUCAAGUUAAACAGCUAUUGAGGUAAACAUGACAGUGCAAGAAGGAAACAUUCAUGGGGUGUGGAAAGCUCCAGGAACAGAUGUUAUCUAGUAUUAAAAGGUUGUGAUAAAUUCUUAAUAGAUUUACAAGCAGCACUGCAUAGUUCAUUAAUGAAAGCUAUAAUUUUUCUUUCUUGCAUUUAAUUUAACUGUUUGUGAAAACCUGCUGAGUCAGAAAUGGAGCAGUCUGUGUGCAACAUCCUCAUAUUUAUCACCAUGUGGAUAUAUGUGCCUCUCAUCUUUUUUCAAAGCAGACAAUUUUCUUCCUUCUUUUCUACAUUGUUUGAUCACUGUCCUGUCUGUGGUUUAAUGAUUUUUGGUUAUAUUGUCUCCUAGAUUGAGUGAUUAUUUUUUAAGUGAACUAGAACAAUUAUUUAUUACAAAUAAUUAAGUCAUAUUGAGUUGUGGUUGUAAUUUCGUCCUGUUUGUCCAUUUUUAGUUCCUUUAGCUAAUGGCCAUAAUAUUAUAUUUUGAUAUUUGCCUUUCUAUGGCAGCUGCGGUAUAAAUAGCUGUAAAAUGGUUAUUAUUGCUGUAUUGACACUAAUAUCUUUCAGUUUCUAGUAAAAAAUAAAGUGUGAAUGUUCCAAAACUGCAGCAACCAGUUAUGCUGAGAGUGUGCACUAAGGCCAGUCAUACUCUGACUUUCCAUUUUAAGGAAAAUGAAGCAUUGCUGACAUCAAAUUAAACAAAAUCCUGAGUCUGUAGAUAGUAAAUUUCAAAUGGGUUACUGCACUAGUUAAAGUACCAGAAUUUGUUUCCAGAGGAGUGACAAUCAAAACCCUGUAGGACUACCCAGAUUUAGGUUUACCAUUAUUCAUCUAAACUGAUUAAUCAUAAUGCAGGGAUGGUCUCAUUGAGUAGGGAAUUUUAGACUUGCUUCACGACCUGGUCUUAGUCCAGCUUUUUCUCUGUUUAAUGACCUUGCUGUUGAUGGAAUGUUAGUUCCAAAUUUUUCUGCCUAUUUUAGGUGACUGUAACUUCUUACCGAUCUUACCACAAAAUUUGUUCCAAAAUACAAAUGCUUAAUUAAUAUUGUCAGUGUAACAACUCAGCACCUAUGUGUACGUGUUUCAUUCUAAGUUCAGAAAAUGUAAAUUUAAAUUUCUGGACAAUUUGGACAUAAUUUCCUUUAGUUUUAAUAAAAUAUAGUCAGUCCUUAGAUAGGUAAAGUAGUUGCUGUGUAAAUGAUCACCAAAUUUUUUUGUAAAGUAUGAGGGUACAUAAGAUCCAAUAAAGGUGAAAAACUAAUAAAUGAUGAAAUCUAUAGCACAUGCAGUGCAUUUAAUGUAGCAGUCCUGUCUUCAUGGUAGCAACCUACACAUUUCUUUGUUAACAUGGUCAUUUUGUUUGAAUAUUCAUCACAGUUAGGACCUUGUGUAACAAGUGGAGAGCUUUGAAACGUUAUGCACUUGUCAGUGUAACUGUACGUCUAAGAAUAUAAAAUGUAGUUGUACAACUUCGCUUUAAUAUAAUUUCUUGGGGCGUAUAAUAUAAAAUUUGUAAAUCAAGCAUUGUACAGUCUCUCUUAUACAUGCCUUGCCUUAAUUGAAAAGCAAUACACAGAAAUAUUCCCAUUAAAUUUAGCUUUUUCUAUAACUAUUGAAUAUUACUAGGGAUGAAAAUGUGAAACUAUAUGUUCCUUGAAAGUGUAAUAAAGUGACUUGAUCGAAAAGUUUUUCCAGGCUGGCUUGGAAUACAAGAAUUUAAUACAUCCAGGCACCUUUCUUUAUUGAACUUGUUACAAUUAAAAUUAACAGUGAACAAGUUAGUGGUGUUAUAUUUAAAUGUUAAAAACACAGAACACUUUGAAAUGAAAUAGUAGUUUGAAGUAUUUAAUUUUAUGAACACCACCUACUGAUGUGCAUAUUGACACAACAAACAUUUGCAGAACCAGUAUGUUCACAGCCAUGUCUGUGUAAAUAUGUUUGUUUUGUAUAUAAAUGUCAUUUGAAACUUCAGAAGACAAAUAAAAAUCUUUUCCAAAAUGA